AUGAAGCCCGCUGUGAUCUUCUUGAUUUCUGCAUGGUAUCGGAAGAACGAGCAAUCAAAACGGUGCAUCACAUUCCUAACCGCAGGCAUACUAUCAGGAGCCUUCGGGGGUGUAAUCUCGGGAGCUAUCACAUCGUCAUUAGAUGGCGCACACGAUAUCCGCGGCUGGAGAUGGCUCUUUAUUAUCGAAGGUGUCACAACUGCUGGAGUAAGUUUGAUCAUCCACUGGACUCUACUCGACUAUCCGCACAACAGUCAUGCACUAUCCCCCGAGGAACGAAAACUAGGCCAACAGAGGCUCAUCGAAGACGGAACGGCUGACCAAGGCGAAUCAAAAACCCAGAGCAUCUCUAUAUUCGUACUCUUGCUCAAAGCACUCUCCAAUUGGCGAAUCUGGGUACUGAUCCCGGGCUACAUGACCAUUUUUGGAGCCUCGGCUAUCUCAUACUUCUAUCCAACCUUGGUCAAUGGCAUGGGGUAUGCCUCCGCCACCGCGCAGUACAUGACAGCUCCGCUGUAUAUUGCCUCCCUAGCUGCUGUUAUCCCCAUUUGCUGGGUUGCUGACCGCAAACCCCAUGCUAGAGGGCGGCUAUUGGUGGGCGACUUGAUACUCGGGAUGGUGUUCUUCGCUCUUACAGUAGGUAUUCGAGACUGUACUGCGCGAUAUGUGUUUUUGUGCUUUAUUAACAUGACUAUCUUAACGGGAAGCGCGCUGGGUCUUUCAUUUGCUGCUACGGCUCUGGCUCCGGUUACUCGUGAUGUUCGUGCGAUCAUGCUCGCGUGGAUGUCUGGCGUUGCUGCUUUGGCACAGUUAUACGGGAGUGCACUGUUUCCAGAGGAAGAUUCACCUGUGUAUAUCGUCGGGUUUUCUGUGUUUGCUGCUACAUUCGCCAUCGGGGCUGUUUCAUACGGCCUGGCUGAUAUUUUGUUCAAGCGUUAUCCAUGA